AAAUGCCAAGCCGGCCAAAGACAAUAGAACUUAUUAGAAGGAAAGAGAUAAAGAGGCUGCAUGUGGCAGUUAUAAGUUCGGCAUUUUAUGCAGGGCAACAGAAUUCUCUUCCUUCAUGGCUGGAGCCCGCAGAAUUGAACAUGUCUGCAUGUGAUUUCCGAUAUGGCAAACAUUUUCUUCGAGACGCCUCCAGUGUAGUUUUCGGGAUAUUGUUUGGAUUUGCGCUAUCUAUUGUAAUUCCGGAUAUUGUUUUGCCACCAGGUUUCUUCAACAAUGUGUCCGAGUAUACUGAUAGUCCGAAGAGUGAUUUUAUCGGGACCCAUUUGCUACCCAGUGUGCCCGUUUCAUCGCCGCACGAGCUGAGUGUGCAGUAUGGAGUUGAGAUAUCUCGUAGUAUGCUAUAUGUGGGUGUUCUAUCAGCAGGUAGAUUUCUGAGAACACGAAUUGCAGCUUGCAAUCGAACAUGGGGCCAGGAUCUUCCAGCCCGCGAUAUUCAAUUCUUCGUAGGCACUCCUCCCACAGAACCUUACUCCGAGAGUAGUGUUGUGACUCUGAAGGAUGUCAGCGAUCAUGAGUAUCCACCUCAAAGGAAGGCUUUUCGCAUGCUACAAUACAUGUGUGAUCAUUAUCUGGACAAGUAUAACUGGUUCUUGAGAGCUGACGACGAUGCGUACUUUCGCGUCGAGAAGAUCAAGAAAUGGCUUUCACAGAGAGAUCCUAAUGUCAAGUAUUACAUUGGACAGGCGGGCUACGGUCGUGACCUGGACAAAGGCCGCCUUCAUCUGCCCGGGGACGACAACUUCUGCAUGGGAGGGCCCGGUGUUAUCAUGAGUAGAGCAUCAAUGAAAGGCAUCUGUCCUUAUAUUGAAUCCUGCAUGCAGGACAAUGUCACACGCUCUACAGGAGAGGAGGAUGUCGAGAUCGGCCGUUGCUUCACCAAGCACCUAAGUGUUCUGUGCACCUCGGCAUAUGAGUUUAUGGACUUGUUCUACCACUCGUAUCCACAAGAGUACAACGUUCAUCCCUACCUCUACAUCGAUGCACGUGCCACCAAAGUGUUUCAGAAUGCCCUAACCCUGCACCACUUGAAACUGUCCUACGUCAUGUACGAUGUUCACAGCUACUUCACCGCCAAGCUGCGCAAGGAGUGGUGGGACGCGUCGCUGGCACUGCGCAUUACCUCACAGAAGCUGUCUGAUGCCCACCUGAAGAACUCGCCUAUCACGCUUAGUGUUGCAGAGCUGCCAUCUCUCAUGCCACUGGAGACGGUGGAGCCGUUGACAUCUGCAGCGACCCUCACGGCCACCGACAGCAGCCAGGCUCCGCUAGAGUUUGAGUCGAGUGACUGGAUAUAUUCUGACCCAAGCGCCAGUGUAGACCUGUCAUCUCGCGGGGUGCUUGGUCCCAGCGAAAGCAAAGCGUUGCUGGGAAGAAUCACAGACAUCACGCGCCGUGCCAUCACACAGGAGAAGAUGCGAUUCGAGAAGGUGCUCCGUGUGUGGUCCCACUCUGACCCGAGUGGAGGUAUUCGCUACUUUGUCGAGGCCUCUGUGCAAAGGUUUCUGGGUAGGAACGCAUUACAAAGCACCUAUCAAGUGGAGUUGCAUCAGUUCUUGGACGGCCCGGAGAUGCAGUCCGUGGCAGCUUCGGCCCCCGAUGACUCUGAAGUGCUUAUUAUCCUUCCGAUCACCCUCGUCCACUUCCCGUUCCUCCAGCGCUUUAUGAAGAUGUACGAACUGAACUUUUUGGCUGGUCAGAGUGACAUUGGUGCCGAGGCUCCUGGAAAGGCCCACCUCUAUGUUGUCGUGUUUCCCGAUGCCAAUAUUGAUGUCAAGGGCUUUGAGAAGCGCGAUGGCACAUUUGAUCCCUCUUUGGUCGUAUCACUGUAUCAGACAAAGUAUCCACAUGUUCACAUGCAUGUAGCCAGCACCACCGGCCCGUUCUCGGCACGCACUGCGCUCCAGCUUGGCUUAGAGUAUAUCAACUCAGGCACUGCCGGCAGAAUCCAGCAGAACAGCGUCAUCCUGAUGACUUCAGUUGACUUACAGCUGUCACCUUCGUUUGUCGCCGAUUGCCAGAACCGAGUGCACCAGCAGGAGGCUGCCAUCUUUCCUGUUGUCACUCUGAAGGCUUGCACGCCCAAUCCUCCAGCACCACCGGCGGCCGAUACCAAGGCCGCGGGUGCUGCUGCUAAUCCUGCCGCAGCUUUUUCUGCUUCUGCGGGAUCCUGUCAUCCUACGGAUGACGUGUGGCUGAAGUCCUCUUUCAUGCACAUGUGCUCAUCGCAUAGACUUCUGUCUUCGCGCCAAGAUGAGAUUAAACGUUCAUCAGGUAUGGAUGUACUAUACGGCCACCUCAUGUCCCUAGUCGAUCCUUCAUCAGCAGCCAACAAAAAGUUGCAGUCCCCCUCCGUAUACAGAGUGUAUGACUCAAGUCUGAAGAUUGAGCCAGACUUCUUGCACGGCCAGUGUGCUGCUCUGGUGUCAGCAACGUCUGCAACACUGGCCUCCGAAAUCUUCCCCGCUUGCUCUUCUCCUGACCUCAGGUAAUAGUUUUACAGCUUAGUAUUGUCACCAGUUUGAAUGUGUGUGUGUGCUUGUGUGUGUGUGUGUGUGUGUGUGUGUAUGCAUGCCUGUGUUGAAAUUGCUGCAGUACUCCUAGCAUCCAGUAGGGACUGACGUUUGUGUAGCAGCUGCUAAUGCCAGCUCAUAGUAUGUAUCGUUUGUACCCGCUUCUGCACGCUGUUUAUAUUCCAAACGUCAUAGUGCGCGCGUUCUCAUAACAUUAGCUUUGGAAAAAUAUUUUCUUGGUCACAUCAUCAUGAGCAUGCAAGCAGCCAGUUUUUAGCUUCUAGCCCUCGUUUAGGUCUCACAGUAGGAGCAAAGCAAAAAUUGCCUGUUAUCACACUUAGUACAAUCUUAUUCUGGCCCGUGGUGCCAAUUUUUCACCCUGCUUUAUUGAUCUGAUUUUAUAGCCAGUGACAAGGAUUGAUCUGGAGCGUUCAACGUUGUUCUACUACACUGCCAGCCUUCAUACUAUUUAUUCUAAUUCUCGGGACUGUUGUGUGUCCCAAGUGCUUAA